AUGGGGAAGCUCAAAGGAUUUAAAAUGGGAAGACGGGUUCUACGAGUCUCUGGAUGGAUCCGUAAAUACCGGAUCCGUCGUUCCGGGUACAUUCGGGUACAGUCGACCCGACCCGCUUGCAAGUACUUGAGACUACCAAUCGGCAAACUCAAAAGGUGGGGACAACGCCUCACGCAGAGUUUCAGAUUACUCGGGUCUGCAACUGCAAGAGGAACCGGAUACACGCCCGUUGGUCAUAAACAACCCGACCCGGUUCCGAAAGGACACUUAGCGGUUUACGUGGGUCAAAAAGACGGCGACUUUCACAGAGUUUUGGUUCCCAUUGUUUACUUUAACCAUCCUCUGUUCGGUGAGCUGCUCAGAGAAUCGGAAGAAGAGUACGGAUUCUGCCACGAAGGAGGAAUCACUAUCCCUUGUCCUUAUUCGGAUUUCGAACGGGUCAAAACCCGAAUCGCAUCCGGAUCGGGUUCUCGGAUAUUUCGAUGGAGCCGUCAUUGCCGCAAUUGA